CACCCUCAUUCGUAUUAAAGCUAUAGGUCGUAGUAGUGACUCAGACUCAGUACAUAAAACUACUCAUUAGUAAUUAGAGCUUUAUUCUCUCUCUCUUCUUUCUCUUCUUUGUUGUGUAUUAUCAGCUAAGGCCUUGUUUGGUGAGCCAGAAAAGAAAAAGGGUUUGGAUAUGGGAAUAGUUAGAAAAUGUUCGCAUUGUGGAGAAAUAGGUCACAAUCUAAGGACCUGUAGUAGUCGAAGAAGACCAUCUUCUUCAUUUUCAUCUUCCUUACAGCUCAUGGUUCCCGGCGGUGACCGUAGCACGACUCGGCUCAGGCUCUUCGGAGUCCACUUAUCUUCUUCUUCUAAUAAUAAUAAUAAUAAUUCUUGUAUGGAGUUUUUGUUUUCGUCUUCGUCGUCUUCGUCUUCUUCUAUAGCUACUGUAGUCGACGAUUUUACAGAGAAGAAGAAUGAGUUUUCUGAUGAUAAUGGUUAUCAAAGAAAAAGAUCCAAGAAAGCAACAGGCAUGGCAUGGAGUGCGGAAGAGCACAAGAGGUUCUUAAUUGGGUUAGAAAAGCUUGGAAGGGGAGAUUGGAGAGGCAUCUCCAACAAAUUUGUUCCCACAAGAACUUCUACUCAAGUGGCCAGCCAUGCUCAAAAAUUCUUCAUUCGACACGCCAAUACUCACGAUACUCAUCAUCAUCGUUCCAGUCUCUUAGAUGUUGGUGGUGGAAAUUUUUUUUGUAAGCGAGCUGCGAAAUGUGAUGAAACUACCAUUGGUGAGGAUGUUGAUCCAUUGUUGGUGGGAUUUUCAUCAAAGAUUACUACUAAUAAUAAUAUUGUUAAUACUCAAAUGGUGGAUGCUAAUUCAAAAAUCAACCAUUUAGAGAGGCCAAUAUUGAUGAUUAAUCAACAUGAUCAAUAUCAAUAUCAAUAUCAUCACCAUCAUCAUGAACAUGAUCACUCAUCAUCAUCAUCAUCACUUCUGGCUGUUCCAACUACAGUAGCUCCUGAUUUAGAGCUCAAACUUGGAGCUCCAAAGCAUAAUUAAUGUGUUAUUUAUAUAUAUAUACAUAUUCAUAGAGAACAAUUACAACGCAUCUUUCUUUUUUUUUGCAA